AAAUCAGUUAGAUUCCGGUUACAUACUUGUCGGUAUUGAAAAGUAUUAGGCUUCGUCAAUAUACAAUGUUGACAAUUGUUGUUUUGGUUAUCUCAUUAUGUACUCUCGCAACUUAUGCUUUGCAACCAGCAGAAUGCGAAAAAAAAUUCGAGGAUUUUAGGGGAGGUGUUUCCACUUUUGAAUGCCCUGCAAAUUGUGAUAUCGGAGAUGUGUAUGUUGUAGGUGGACCAGUUGCUUUUCAACCGGAUUCUCUGGUUUGUGCUGCUGCGAUAUACGCUGCUGCAGCUCCAGUUACAGGAGGACAAGUAGUUUUCCGAAAAUUAACGUCAGACCCUCCUCCGACAAUGACGGCCGGGACAGAAAACGGGGUUACUACGAUAGCCCCUGCCAAUGCACCAUCGAUCACCACCGUAUACUUUUUGUUUGAUGUUGUGAUUCCAUCUGAUUGUGCAGUUGCAGCAGAAGAUAUCGAUCAGGAAGUUUUUGUAUUUAACUGCCCAGCUGAUUGCGAAACACACACUCCAACUACAACUGACGUUGUUUAUGAUGAUGCCAAUUCAAUAUUUGCGGUUCAAUCUCUCAUUUGUAUGGCUGCACUUUUUGACGGAAUAAUACCAGGUGGAAGUUCCGGUGCUGUUGUUGUUCAGAAACAACAAGGGAUUAUGUCAUACGGCGGCGCUGCCGCCAGUGCCAACAGUGUUCACCCGGGGCCUCUAGCUGCGUAUCAACCUGCGUUUACAUUUUCAACUACGAUAUAUCCAGAUUGCUUACAAACCGUAUCAAGCCAACCAAGUCUAGUCGUAUUUAUAUGCCCGGCUAACUGCAGCCCGAACUUGGUUGAUGUCGUGGGAGACGAAAUCUACAAUGACGAAACACCAAUAUGCCUUGCAGCUAUUCAUGAUGGACAGAUAACUGCUGCUAGCGGAGGUAACGUAAUAGUGAAUAAACGACCAGGUCAGUCAGAAUUUAGUGGAAGCACACGUAAUGGUAUCACCAGUAUCAGUGGAGGACCAGACGAUGGUUUUGAUUUUUCCGACUGCAUCAACGGAUCUCCUACAAGGUCUCCAUCGGUAGGUUGUUCAUGCACUGCGACUUGGUUCGGAGAUGCGUGUGAUAUAAUGUGUGUUGAAGGAAGUUACGAUGCAUCGAAUAAUCCAGCAUGUACCUGCAAUUCUGGAUGGGUUGGACCUAUGUGCAAUUUCCCAAUAUGUUAAGUUCUGCUGAAGAAGACUAAAGGAAUUAUAACUUUCUGAUUCUGCUCAUAUACACAUUAAUAUCACUUGUUUCAUCCCAGAUGUAAAUAUAUAUAUUACAUUUCUAGUAGAUCUACCAUCAGACACGAUAUCACAAAUCGAUGAUUGUAAUGUGGAGUAGUCUAGCUCUAGUUGAUUAUCUGUUAUUGGGCACUUGAAGUUCUUCAGUAGAUUGCAGUAUUCUCACCCUCACACAUUUCUGCUAAUAUUCUAAUAUGGACGGUGACCGUACAUUUGAACCCAUGUGUAUAUUCGUGGGCUCAAUCUAUAUGAAGGUGCCAAACCCAUGGGUUAUGGUUAAUAUGGCGUAAAACAAAAAAAAACUUAAUAGGUGCAAAUUUGCAGGUGCAAUUGUCGUGUGUUCAAAUGUACAUGGGUUCAAAUGUAAUGGAACCAAUAUGGACAAACUAUUUUCAUGAUAUUUAUGAGCAUCAAGUUAAAAACAUGAGUCUUAAUUUAGACUACAUACAUUCCGUGUUUCUCCCUAUUACUUGUGUGGUAAAAUGUGAUUCAUCGAAUUUCUGGUGCAUAUUAGAAGGUGUGAAAUAGUAGCUUCAAUACAAGCUGUUCCAUACUUCAUGCGUACCAUACGCAGUAAAAUUGAAUACACUACCUUUGUAAAUAUAUAAAUAAAAAGGUGGAGAAGUUAUGAGUUUUAAGAUAUAUAUAUAUACAUAUUAUGCUAUUCUAACAAUAACAAUCUAUUGCUUUUAUUACCAUGUAAUAUAGGACUGUAUCUACAACGUUUGUGGUGAUAUAUAUACAGCGAAGCACGUCAUAAACAACAAUAAAAAAAAAAAUUUUGUGUGGUGUGGUAUCACAACCUUUGCAAGA